GUAUCUUACCUAAGUGUGGACAUCUCACCCCUCCAUCACGUAAACGUUGUUAUAUUUGAUACCGUGUUUGUUACCUCCGCCUCGACUCUAGUUCAAGGAUUUACGUGACUACAACUCGAUGCUAACAAAAAACUUAAAACAUCACGUAGAGUAUGGCGGUAUUCUGUUCUGUAUUUUUUAUUUGAAAAAGUUUGCUUUCAAUAAUUAUCUUAUCAAGUGAUCGACGGACUGCCAAUACUUCCGAGUGUGUUUCGCGUUUUGUAUAUGUAGCAACUGAUCAGACUUAAAUGUACGUCUGAAGUCUGUGAUUGUUAAUAAUGAAAAUACGAGAGAAGCAAACGAAAAGUAUUAGUGUGAAACAAGAAAGGGCGGGUGUUAAGCCGACAGGUAAACGUUCACCUGUGUUGAACACGCGACAACGUGCCAAGAGGUCCGGGGUGGAUGCUGUGAAGUUACAUCUGGAAGCUACCGGAGGGACAGGUAGAACUUCACGAUCAGCAUAUUCGGUGCGGAAAACCAGCGUACGAAUGACUGCGAUAAAGGAAUACCCGUUCGACCUCAGCGACCUACAGAAUCAACAAAGAGAUGCUAACCCACCCCCCAAGUAUAACCAGAUAGAUUUACAAUCGAAUAACAAUCAAACAACAACUGCCAGCAACGAUGGAAAGAGAAAAGUUUCAAUAAUGGCCGACGAAAACAGUAAAGACCGGGAAAAUUUGCCUUCUGACAAGAAUGGCCGCAUAUCUUCUCAAGCUGAAGGGCCAUCAAGGCGGAAGAGCAACCUUCACAAUGCCAUGGCAGCUGAUAUGGAUACAUCAUGGGAACGACCGGCACACAUCGAGGGAAGAUACAAAAAGUAUUCCACAACAUCUUCCGUUUAUUCUAAGAAAGCCUUAUCACAACAGAGUGAACACAUUGAAAGAUCCUGGUGGUAUGCUUGUUGUCAGAAAUGUCACACCGAGGAUUCCGGAAUUCCAACGUGGGAGCCCCCACACUGGCAAAAAAUAUGCCCUUACCCCUUGUGUCCGUCUUACAGACAUUUUGCUCAAAACUUAUCAGUAUUAUUAAUUGGUAUUAUAGUAUGGGUGACGAUAUGGAUUAUAUUAGGGGACACUGCAGCACCUGGUGGGCAACUGUUUACGUUAGCAGCCCUUACUAUAGUGGCCUAUUUUGGUGGUUGGGUGAUGGUGAAAGUAACAACAUUACCUUCACUGAUUGGAAUGUUAAUUGUUGGAAUAAUUCUGAAAAAUCUUGGAUUCAUUAAUUUUAAUGAGGAUUAUCAACACGUAUGUUCCUAUAUAAGAAAAAUAGCUUUAACUAUUAUUUUAACAAGAGCAGGACUUGAUCUUGAUCCAGUGGCUAUGAAGAAGUACUUCUUUACUGUUAUUAAGUUGGCUCUAGUACCGUGGACAUUUGAGUGUUGUUUAUGUGCCGUUAUGUCAAACCUUCUUCUGGGACUACCUUGGGACUGGGCAUUCCUUUUGGGUUCCAUAAUUGCGGCUGUUUCCCCAGCUGUCAUUGUGCCCUGUUUGUUCCGUCUUCGGGGUAAAGGUUAUGGUGUUAGUAAGGGUAUUCCCACCCUUGUGCUCGCUGUGUCCGGAGUCGAUGACGCAGCCAGUGUAGCUGUAUUUGGUAUCGUCUCAUCAUUUAUGUUUUCAAGCUCCUCGCUUACAAUGAAUGUAAUACAGGGUCCCUUGAGCGUGGUGUGUGGUAUUGCGUUUGGAAUCUUCUGCGGUUACCUCAUAAAAUAUGUACCUGAACGAAAUGAUGCAUUUUUAGUGCCUUUGAGGGUCUUAUUACUGCUGACUGGUGGCUUAUUGUCAGUCUUGGGCUCAGAGGAGAUCGGUUGGGGAGGUGGAGGUCCACUGGCGGUGAUUGCUUUUGCAUUUAUAGCGGGAAAGAACUGGGUGGAACAAGGAUGGGAGUUGGAAGAUAAUCCUGUAGCCACUGCCUUUGAGAUCUUCUGGAUGUUCUUUGAACCAAUGUUGUUUGGUAUCACAGGCGCCCAAAUUGUGAUAUCUGAUUUACCUCCACAUCUUGUGAUGGUCGGCGCUGGUAUAUUAAUCACCUGCAUGGUUCUCCGAGCUAUUGUGACCAGCGUCAGUGCUGUGCGCAGUAACUUAAACAUGAAAGAAAAGAUCUUCGUCGGGCUUGCAUGGAUGGCUAAAGCUACGGUCCAGGCUGCACUAGCGCCUGUCGCAUUAGACGAAGUGCGGAAGUUAGCGGGAAACAACGAGCCAGCCGCAGAAUUGAUCAACUACGCGGAAACCGUAAUCACCAUCUGCAUCCUCUCCAUAGUAAUUACUGCGCCCCUCGGUGCCAUUGUCAUCACCAUCACGGGUCCGAGACUGCUGUCUAAAACUACGAAGCCUCCAGUGUUGGAAGGCUGGCGGCGGUCACAUAGACCUUCGAUACGAGAUAUUUCUAUCAUCGAUGAAGAAGAAAUCGUGGAACGUGAUGCUGAAGGUGAUGCAGGUAUCCCUAAUUCACCCCCCUCCAGUCCGGAUCCCGGAAUCAAGGCCCCGAAUGCAUACAGCACUCCAAACCCAGUUACAGUUCAACCAAAUUAUAAGAAUUAAUCCUUUUCUAUAUUAGUAAACAGUAUAACCGUCCAUAACUUCUUAGUAAAAGAUUUAAUCUGAGAGCAAGACAACAACCAAGCAAUUAUUUGGAGGAACUUCUAGCAUUCCAACCUUUAGAAGUUAUCUAAGAACUAAAUAAUAUGCGGCCUUAGUUAAUGGAUUAAAUUGUGAUAUCAAAUUCAAUAUGGCUUUUGUCGACUGUGGCUAAUGAAUUAUAUUAUUAAAGUAAAGUAUUUGAAACCAUGUGAUAGACAAGUAUAUUUAUUACUUAUUAAUUAAAGACACCUCGCUAUUAAUAAAUUAAGUAUUAAACCUAAUUUAAGCCAUAAAAAAAGUUUUGAAAGGCCAUAUAUCUACUCUGUGGCUAUUUGUAAUUUUAGUACUGGACCAUUUGAAUAUUUUUUUUUUAAUUGAAGAGAAUGUUAUAAUGUUUUAUAUCAGACAUCCAGAGUUGUAAGAAAUAUUCAAGUUGUUCUUAAUAAUGUAUGUUAUCGUUUUAUAUUAAUAUUUAUGGAAUUAUAAUUUUACGAAUUCAAGUCAUAAAUUACUCCAUAAAACUUAGCUUAACUACUUAUCAUUGAAGUAUUAAAAUAAUUGUUGAUUUUUUAGUGUUAAGAUUAAUGAAAUGUAAUUUUAAGCAUUAAGUUAUUUUAAAUCUUAAGCUCAGCGUGGUGCUUAUAUAUAAUUUAUAUUUUUAAUGAAAAAACACUUAGUUUGAAAUAUAUUUUUAAAAUUGGAAAUAAAAUGUAUAUUUUCCCAUGU